AUGACGAAGACAAGGAGAAUGAACGCAGAAGAUCACCAGACUGAAGAGGAAGAACAUGUUGAAGUUGUAGACGAAACUGAUCUCUCUGAGGCCGUUCGUCUACUCAAGCAGGAGCUGGCCACGAUGAAACAACAACGGCAGAAAGAUGCAAAGGAACUUUCGGCUUUGAGAGCCGAAAACGAGGCGUUGAAAAAUCAAGACCCGUCAUGGAAACCUACCCAGCCUACCAACACUCAAACACAAGGGUCCUACCAGUCCCAUGACAUCCAUAAUUCGGCUCUGCAUGCCUCGGUCGCUGCACCUGAAAAGUUUCAUUCGGCCCUACCGACAGUCGGACGUCCCACCGACUUGGCAACAGUGGGAUCGCACCGACACCCGUUUACACCCUCUAUCAUGCAGUUACCUUUGAUGGAUAACUGGAAGUCCUUACCAAUUGAUAAAUAUGAUGGUACAACGGACCCUGAUGAACAUCUUGAUGUUUUUCUCACGCAGGUAACCUUGAGCACCAAAGAUGAUGCUGCCCUAUGUUGGAUUUUCCCGACGUCCCUCAAAGGCAGAGCCUUGAGCUGGUUCACUCGGUUCCCGUCAAAUUCAAUCGAUUCGUUCAAUACCCUGUCUUCUCAGUUCACUAUCCAGUUUGCAACAAGUCGCCCCCAUAACCUCACCUCUCUGUCGCUGAUCAGCCUUCGGCAAGACAAGAAGGAAUCACUUCGGACCUUUAUGAAUCGCUUCAACAAGGUUGCACUAGAGAUCCGGGAUCUUAAUCCAGCUGUAGCACUCCAUCAUUUGACAACAGCUUUGAAGCCCGGGCCAUUUGUCAAUAGCCUUUGCAAAAAAAACCCUUCAGACAUGAACGAUCUACGGAGGAGAGCUGACAAAUAUAUGCAAAUGGAGGAGCUAGCUGAAUUCCGGAACCAAGCCCGAACCGAAGCCAUGGCAAAAACCGAGAAGACGGCGGAGCAACCAUUUCGGGGACGAAACAAGGAAAUAACACUACGAGACUGUCCCGCGCGCGGGCCGAAGUACUCUCAUUACACACCCCUAAAUGCUAGUAGGGCGGCCGUGCUAGAACAAGCUUUGGCGUCCGAGGUACUGGAAGUUCCGAAAAUAGCCUCCACUCCACCACGCGCUAAUACUAGCAAAUCUUGCAGGUAUCAUCGAAAUCGGGGACACUCUACUGAGGAGUGUGCUACUCUAAAGGAUAAAAUUGAAGAGUUGAUUAAACAGGGACAACUUCAUAAUUUCAUGGAUCGGUCAGGAUCAUCUCGGCCUCGAUCUUCAUAUCAACCCCGACAUCAAGUUCGGCAUAGGCAAGACCAUUCCAAAAGACCUCGGCGUGAACGGAGCAGAUCGCGCGAACAGAAAGACGAACCUACCGUUUCACAUAGGCGUGUCAUUAACACAAUAGUAGGUGGAUUCGUCGGAGGAGGCCCAACCCCUUUAGCCCAAAAGAGACAUCUACGCGCCGUCCGGUCGGUCCAUGCUGUUGACAGACAACCUCCUCGGAGACCACCAGCUAUAACGUUCACCGAUGCCAAUUUCCAGGGCAUUGACCCCGUACAGGAUGACCCAAUGGUGAUUAGUGUCGAGAUUCAUAAUUGCAUAAUCAAGAAAACUUUGGUUGAUCAAGGCAGUUCGGCAGAUAUCCUGUACUGGAACACUUUCAAAUAG